GCUCGAUCAAAGAGCUCAUUGCUUCACUUCGCCAGCUACGAUGGAGCACGGCGGCUUCUGCAUGGGCCCGGGCUCGCUCAUGGGCACGGCCGGCUUCAAGUGGGCGGGGCGCGACCCCAUGGCGGACUGCUCCAUGCUGUGGCUCGAGAGCUGGGGGCUCACGAGCGUCUCGCGCGCCGCCGCGGCCUGCAUGCUCGUAUUCCUGCUGGCCGCACUGUCCCAGUACCUGACGACGGCCAACGAGUGCCAGCUGCAGCAGUCCAAGAACUUCGCCAAGCGCCGGCUCGCCAAGGUGCUGACACAGCACACAACCAGCAGCAGCAGCAAUGCAGCAGGCGGAAGCUUCUACGACCCGGAGCUGGGCCACAGGCGCUCGUCAUCGUCCUCCUCCUGUGAGCGGCGCAAGGACUGCAAGCACGCGGAGGAGUCGGCGGUGCAUCCCGAGCGGCCGGAGCUGCUGCAGGCGCUGGACAACAAGAGCACGACGCUGUCGACGGCUGAGAGGGCGCACCCCACGUCGGCGUCGCAGCCCGUGAGGCCGACGCCGCCCAUUUCCGUCAAGGUCGGCAACUGGACGCACCUGGGCGACUCGCUCAUGCGCGGCCUCAGGAUCCUGCUCGCGUACCUGCUCAUGCUGGUCGUCAUGACGUACGACCUGUCGCUCGUCACGAGCAUCGUCUUGGGAUUCAUGACGAGCUUCUUCGUGUUCGGCAAGGACACGGCCAAGGUGCCAGUCUCAGCGGACCCCUGCUGCUCGUAG